AUGAAUUUUGUGAAGUCAAGCAGUUUAAAUGGUGAUUUUUUUGGCGGUGAAUUAACUAGGAAACGAAAAAAUGCUAAUUCUGAUGAUGAUAUUGAUGGAAAUGAAAGACCAUCUCAAAAGGUUCAUAGUAUGCUGAAUAUGAAUGCCAAAUCAUCUCAUGACUCUGUUCUCACUCAACGAUAUGGUAUUGGUGCUAAAUUGUUGGCUAACAUGGGAUAUGUUGAAGGCCAAGGGUUAGGUUCAAAGGGACAAGGUAUAUCAGCUCCUGUGCAGGCUCACCAAAGACCGUCUGGAAGAGUUGGAUUGGGUUUGUUGAGUAUGGUCAAUGACGAUGAAUACAGUGAGGAAUCCAGUGAUGAGGAAGAAAAUAUUUCUGCUGAUGUUCAAGCUGAGAAAAGCUUUACAGGAAUAAGAUUUAAUGCUCCGAAAAUAGAAGAAGAUACUAAUAAGACAAGAAAGAAUGAAAUCCAAGUGAUAGAUAUUCUUAGAAAUUUAAAAUUGGAUGAAUAUUCAAAAAUUGAUAGCAGUUUCAUCCAGGAUAUGCAAGACCAUUUCCGUGAAGGAAACAUUAAGGACACUACAGAACUUCAAAUCGAAAAACUGAAGGAACUAGAUUCACAUCAUAACUCGGCUUCUGCUCGUUUGAAAAGGCUGAACUCUGAAUUGGGAACUAUUAAUGGUGACUUAGAUAGAGUUAAAUCUAUCCAAGAAAAUGCAAAAGAAAUCAAUAAAAUUGACAUAACUGAAUUAACAAAUUUGAUCCUAAUGCUACCGGACAUAAAGACACAAGAUGAAUUGAUAUCCACAAUUAUAAAGGAAAGAUACAUGGGUUGUAAUGAAUGGGACCCAUUGGAAAUUGAUAAUUUCAUUUUAGUUGAAAUAAAAAAAGUAGUGGAGGUUCUAAGCUUUGAGAUGGAAACAAAUGAAAAAGAACUGAACUUAACGCAAACAGCAUUAUAUAAAAUUAUAUUUCCAGAACUAUCAAAAUAUUUCACUGGCUUCGAACUUGUUGAUGAUAAGUUUAAUACCGUACUAUCAUUAAUUCUGGAUUAUGAAGGGAUCCUUGAGUUCAUAGGUUGCAUGGACUACAUUAAAGGAAAAUUCAUAUAUCCCACCAUAAUAAGCAAUCUAGAAAGUUUAGAAUUCGAUCUAACUGAUCAGUUCCUAUUGUUUAUUUCUUCAAUUGAAAAGAUGUCGUUUCUGUAUGAUGAAAAAUUCAAUGAUAAAUUACAUAUAAUUUUCCAAUAUAAAUUCUCAGAAUUUUGUGAAAAGUUUGCUUUUAUUCAAAAAGAAACUGUCAAAGAUGAUGUAAUAGUCUCACUGCGACGUAUUUUAGGAAUCGAUGAAAUCUAUAGCAUUAGUCAUAAAAAGUUGCUACCUCAGGUGCUUCAACUUUGGGAUGAAGAAUUUGACUUGCAAUUUGAACUAGAGGAUCCGGACUUUAUUGAUUCUAAAAGAGGUUCAUUCCAUUUUAUCAAGACAAUUAGAAAAUUAAAGAGAUUACUCUCGAGUAAUGAUUACAGUUUAAUAAUGUACGCCAUUUUCAAUGAAAUAAAUAAGAUUAUAUACCAAUGGAAGAUUUAUGCACUAGAGGAAGACCAGAAAAAGACAUUGUGGUGGUUUAAUUGGAUUCUAAAUGAAUGUUUUGUUGAUAGUGAUGUAAUUGACACUGAAUUAAAUGAAAUUAGAAAGACUACCAUGUUCCUAUCAGAUAUGGAUUGUGAACAUAUUAAUCCUAUCCAUGAUGAACAAUUUAGUUUGAGAAACAAACUUAUUGACGGAAACAGUAAUAUUAAAGUUGAAGACUAUAACGUGAGUAGUAUUCCGAUGAGAAAUGUGACUUCAACCUUAAAAGAAGUACUUGAAGAUUAUUGUGAGCAGAAGGGCUAUUCUAUCACAAAGGUUCAAAAUUCAUUUGCUCGCAUAGGUUAUGGCCAUGAUUACCAAUAUGGCGGUUCUCCAGUACCAAUUUAUAAUAUUUCAAAAGGUAGUGGACAAAAACAGAUUGCAUUAAAGGAUGAUAUACUAUGGGUCAAAACGGGUCAAGACAACUUUGAACCGAUCUUUGUGUGGGAACUUGAAGUCUAA